AUGUACACACGGAUAGAAAACACUGUAUUCUCUAAGAGCGCAUUUCAACUGUGUUUCCUAAAAAAAAAUCCAUUGUGAUCUCUACUGCCAGCCAAUCAUCGAGCACUUUUCAAUUGAGUAUCGAAAAUCAAAACCAAAGUAAUCACAACUACUAAUCAGAACAAAAGCUUACCAUGAUUAUUAACCAAUGAGAACUUAAACUAGAAACAGGCAAUCUCCUUAAAGCGCGGGAAAUGCGAGUGACCAAGUCAUGAUUGGUUUUAAUUUCACAUUUGAUUGCCAAUUGUGACACAAGUUUUCUGGACCAAUCACACAAUGAAGUAUGGCUAAACAAAAGCAAUCUAGCAGCACUUCGAUACUCAGUUGGAAACUGCUCUAACAAAGUUAGUUGGUAAUCCGAGCAUUCUCAUAGUUUAUUCUCAGUCAUCGUCGGCCUUUGUUCCAAAAUUGAAACUGUCUGCAAGAAAAAGUGGCUCAAUGAAUAUAACAAUCUCUCCCCUACACUGAAAAAUGUCUAUAAAAAAAUCAAAUAUCAUUGCGUUAAAGCGUAAGCUAAAACAUCUCCACGUUGUACGAAAUGUUUGCCUCGUCUCCUUACAGCAAAAAAAUCAAACGAGACUGUUCAUAGCUUCUUUCCCGAUGGGGGCCAUCAACUUGAUAGUUAGCUUUUGUUUCAAACAGAAACAAUUGGCAAUCAAAUGUGAAAUUAAAACCAAUCAUGACUUGGUCACUCGCAUUUCCCGCGCUUUAAGGAGAUUGCCUGUUUCUAGCUUGAGUUCUCAUUGGUUAAAAAUCAUGGUAAGCUUUUGUUCUGAUUAGUAGUUGUGAUUACUUUGGUUUUUUUUUUGAGUUCUCAUUGGUUAAUAAUAUCAAUUCAUCACAUGAAAACGAUGGAAAUAGAACUUUUUAGUGCGGCCUUCUUCGUAUCACAGUCCGGUUACUCAAAAUUUUAUGACAACCCUGAGAAGGCAUUAGUUGGCCGCGGGUUAGUAUGAAUUUAUCAGACUAUACGAAGGCUUCACAUUCUAUUAAGAACGAUUCUGGCCACUUUGUUAAAAAUCAAAUGCAAUGACCGCCUUGUUGAAAACAAAAUUUAUAAAGAGGCGGGCAAGGAAUGUUCCACAAUAGCGCAAAUGAUCGUGAAAGAUGAUCGAGGAAAAGCGAUUGCGUGACCCUCGAUUAGUUGUUAGAUGACAUGUUAUCGCGUAUCAGACGUAAAAACACUUUAAAAUUCACGGUCUGUAGUUUGCACCCAGUCUGCAUUUUGUGCUGACCGAUUUUCGUACCUAAUCCGAAAUGUCCGCUGUUUAUUCGUUAUUACGCGCCAUAUGUACUAUAAUUCGAUUGGAAAUUAGUAAAUAGAUACUUAUCUUCGCGAGUGUUUAAGAUGGUGGUCAUCACGGAGUGACAUGGGCGAAAAUUUAAGUAUAGAAAUAACAGGACAGAUGAAAUGACACGUUUGAUUGAUUGAGGUAUGUCUUUCAACUUUGCCCCAAAGUUUAGGUUAGUAAAUAAAUUUUUCCGGAGUCAAAAAAAAAUUUUGGAACUGUUCUUCAAUCUAUUGUCUUUCGAUUCAACUGUUAAUUAUCAUGAUGCAAACUGCAGGAAAACAAGUGCAUGGAGUGGUCUUGAUUUACCUCUUAAUCAGUCGCCAACCGCCAUGUUGUGUUUUCUACGAUGCUUUUAAUCUCUGUUUUUAUCAUUCGAACAUUUUUUGUCUAAUUGACGAUUUCUUAUCACUGGACUAUACUUAGUUUGUAAGGAAACCUUUUAAAAUCAAUGAUGGUUCCUUAUGUUAUUCAGAGAAGAUAGUGAAAUUUUUUUUUUUUACCAAUUCAAGUACGCAAGUAGUUUUUUUUAUAGACAUGAAAUGUAAAUAAACUAAAUUGGGUUUCAAUAAACAAAAAUAUAAUUUGGUUUUAGUGGUACAUACUGUAGCAUAUCCUCUUCAUGGCUAUUCCUUCAUCUAUCAAAGUCCAGAUUUAAUCGCAAUUUAGAAAAAGCAGACAACAAAUGUGUUGAAUUGUUUAAGUAUCGUUUCAUGAAAAUUAAUGAGAUGCAGGUGUUAGGUUUCCAACAAAUUCAAUUCCAUGUUGUGUCAAGGAACUAUCAAUUCAUCUGCCUUACAUAUGACUUAUUGAAAGCAUAAAUAAAUAUAUCUUAUGUUAUUUUUUUAGAUGGUCUUUUGGACUUUUUGUAUUGUAUUUUAUUGUUUUGUUUCAAUAAAUCCCUAAUAUCUCUUUACAGAUAUUUCACUGUGCUUCAAAUUAGUGUGUCAAUUUAAUUCAGUGUGUCAGUGAACUUAAACAGGAUAUGCACGCUGAGCAGGAACUUUUAUUCUGAAAGAUCAUGAUCAUGAAGUUUAUGUUCAAUCACUGAACAUUUCCUUCUGCAUAUCUGGGUCAUCAUUUCCAUUAUUGUUGUUGACUUACAUGAAACUGUGUAACUGCUCCGACCAUGGCAUCGGGUGUUAACAUUUUGCUUCAUUUCACCUGAGUUAUGAGUCUAAGAUUUAGUUUCAAGCUGCAAAAGCAAUUUUAAUUGUUUCCCCACUUUUACUGUAUUUGUUUAUUUGAAAAUAAUGAAUCUUCUUGAAUGGCCUUAAUUGAGGUAGUUUUAUGUGAUUAUUCUUAUGUUCUGAUGAUUAGAUGAUUUUCAACAUUGCAAAAAGUAUUAUGAAACAAAUUGUUCUUACUUUUCUCCACGCUAUAAUUUACCAAUGGAAGUUUCUUUCAUGUUUUGAAUGAAAUAUAGGUUAUUUAAUUUUGCCCUUCAUUGAGAUUCUUUCAUCCAACGAAGUCUUGCUCGAAGUCUUUGUUCUAUAAAUUGUCUUGCACUAGGGCUAGGACAUUUUGUAGCUUUAGAAAGUUUUCAUUCUCUGUUGGUGUUCCUUGAUGAACCCCUUGAAUUUGAGUAUUAUUGUUUAUUGUUGGAGACAUAUGUUUCUUCUCUCUGCUGUAAUAGAUUCAAUAGCUGAGUCACCAUUCUGUUUGUACAUUUCCUCUUGACUUGCAUAUUCCUGGUCCAGAAUAGGUUUCAAUUAACGCUUUCAUAAUCCACCUUAAGGCUUGGCAUUCCAUUGCAGCGAGGAACAUCACGGAGAGGCGGAGAGAUGCCUUUCAUUGCCCAAAUCAGAAAUGGAAGAGGAAGGAGUGGAUGCGGCCAUAGCAGUAUAGAUUUUCCAACUUCUUACUUGCUUCGAGAAGCUUUCAACAACCCUUUCAUUUACACAGUGGAAAAAAGAAGAAGAAAAUAUUAUGUUUUUCAAAUCUAAUAACGAUCCGAAAUUUUACCCUUCCAUUUGUACAAUUUUAGCUACAAUCACAAUUUUCAGUCGAAAAACAGUCGGUUUAGUACACCCAGUGUGGUUCAGCCUUAAGACGCCAAGUUGAAUAUAUUAUUGUUGCCUCAGUAAGAUGUCACAUGAACGUGAAUCUGAGCAGCGAUUGGUUACUGUUUUGGUUUGGUUUGGGUCAUGCGAAUCUGAUAACGAUCACGGACUGUUUAUUAAAAUAAAGCUUCCUCAUAAAAGAUGCGAUUUAGAUAUAAAAGGUGCAAUUUGUGAACAAAUUGCACCAAUGGGAGCCAGUCAGAUUUCAAGGAACACCAAUGAUUUAUUACAUCCAAAAUGGAUGUAAUAAAAACUAAUGUCUUGUCUUUCCCCCCCUUUUUUGAAUGAUUUUAAAGUAUGAUUUUUUUUUCGGUUUUGAGGUCCUCUUGCAGGGCGCUAAAGUUGAUUCACAAAAUUAAAGCCGCCGAUUAUUUUCUUCGAAAUUGCAUAAAUAUUAUCUGCGCGGUAACGUAGAACGGUUAAUCAUACAUGUCUAACGUCGUUAUAGAAAUCAAUUUGGUGUCGAUUACAUAAAAAGAUAGAGGAACGGCGACUCAAGGUUGUACCAAAAAUCGUGGCUAUCGCCAUUUAAGUCACAGCUUAUUGUUAUUAGCCGCUUUAUUUUUCAUGUUCUACUGUAGGUUGGGUGCCUUUUAGUCCGUUAUCUAAUCCGUGCAUGCUUUUCUUUGUCAACUAACACUGUUGGUUGAGUAGUAGUAACGUCAAAUAAGAAAGUAGAAGAAACAACCGUCUGUAUUGGCGGGCAAACUCAUUUCUGCUUUACUUUAAGAAACAUGGGGUUGUAUUGAUCUAAGCGGCUUGAAAUGUAUGUUUGGGAGCAAUGAUACAUCGAUGCAUAAUAUACAUGCAAAUGACCUUGUUAGUUGAGUAAUUUUGUUACCGGUAUUUGCCGUGACAGAAACGGAAGGAUUUUUGAUAAUGGGGUACAUAAGGUCAAUAGGCUUUCUGGGAAAACUUGAAAUCCGUUGGUCUUUGAUAACUUUUUUUUCCGAGAAACGCAGGAAGUUGGUUCAAAUGACACGUCGUUAGAAUGAUUAUAAAUUUGAAUUCCUCAUUCCGGGGUGAACGGAGUUUCUCAGUGUAUAAGCAGUCCUUUUAAGUCUACAACAACAACAGCAAAUUGAGUUUCAAAAUGACUCAUUCGGUGUUGGCUUGGGUUGCACGUGCUGCCUUUUUCAUCGUGAUGAUCCUUCAGUAUAUCUCCUUCGCUUCGUAUCCAGCACGCUACGAAAAUCAAAAUGGCUGGUAUGCUUUACUUCUUCUCUGCAUCCCAUCCUUGAUUCUCUGGUUUCUCGUCGUGUGCAAUGAAAAGCUCAUCACCUGGGUAUUUUCCGUUUGGGGUCUGUACAUAUGGCUUGCUUUAGUGCCCAUAAUUGGAGUAAUAUUUGGGCGAAUCAAAGAAAAAAUCGAGAAGGAUUUGUUCUUUGGACCAGAUGUCUUGACCAUGACCCUUUGCCUAACACCGCUCCUUUUGCUGCUGUUGCUUAACACAUUUGAAAUAGAAAGUAAAGGCAGAGAGCUCGUAUUAAAGCUGGCCUUCCAAAUAACAUUAGAUCUCUUCGACGGAAUUGAAAUGCUGCAAGUUAUUCUGGAGGAAAGUGAAGUUAGCAUUCCCAGGAGCUUUGAGAACGCUAUCAUUGCCUUCGUCUGCAUAAGUUUUAUGCUUUCGCAUUUUCAAUUGGAGGAGAACAGGUUUUUGGACACGUCUAUUUACAAGUACUUAGCCGUCAUUCGUAUCACCCUUCAGAUUUUACUCGGUAAUUGUGUGUUUUUAGGCCUUCGUUUGGCUCUGUUCUUAAAGUUCAAGAGAAAUGCGUCAAUUUUCAUCGCCAAGAUGGCAUUUUGA